AUGUUCGUGGAUGCAGAUGGAACUUUCAACAACAGCAACAUGAAAUCUUAUGUGAUGGAGAAAGCGAAAGAGACCGGUGCAACAAACAUGAUUUCGGAGACGCUCGUUGCACACUUGCUGAAGAUUGCGCAAGAAGCGGCGGAGGCAGUAUCCGCCACAUCGCAGUCUUCAACUCUACUGAUGGAGAAUGGCACUCGGUGUGGGGAGCAAAUUCUGAACUACGACAAGGUGGAGAAGGUAUUUAUUGGAGGGAUUCUCACCAUGCUCACGUUGUUUACUAUCUGCGGGAAUUUGCUGGUGGUGAUUUCGGUGUGCUUCGUGAAAAAGUUGCGGCAGCCGUCUAACUAUCUGAUCGUAUCUCUGGCGGUCGCCGACCUUUCCAUCGCGCUGGCAGUUAUGCCGUACCUGGGUAUAACCAAGCCUCUGACCUACCCUGUGAGACAGAAUGGCUGUUGCAUGGCCAAGAUGGUGGUGUCCGUGUGGCUCCUGUCCGCCUCCAUCACCUUGCCCCCCCUCUUCGGCUGGGCUCAGAACGUAAACGACAACAAGGUGUGUCUGAUCAGCCAGGACUUUGGUUACACCAUCUACUCCACCUCAGUGGCGUUCUACAUCCCCGUAUCCGUCAUGCUCAUUAUGUACUACCGCAUCUACCACGCCGCCAAGCUCAGCGCCGCCAAGCACACCAUCACGGGCUUCCCGCGGGUCGGGGAGGAGGCGGCGCGGGGGGAAGAGGAGGAAGCCAUGCAGGAACAGGAAGAGGAAGAGGAGAGCGUGGACUGUGUGUCUGCCGCCCUGAGGCUCCACAGGGAGGUGGAGGAGUGCACGCGAUUCUCGCGCCUCAUGAGGAGCAACCGGAGAAACAUGUCCAUCUUCAAGCGGGAGCAGAAGGCAGCAGCCACCCUGGGGAUCGUGGUAGGGGCCUUCAGUGUGUGCUGGAUGCCUUUCUUCUUACUGUCCACGGCCAGACCCUUCAUCUGCAGGGCGGACUGCCCUAGCUGUGUGCCCUUGUGGGUGGAGAGGACCCUGUUGUGGCUGGGCUAUGCCAACUCCCUCCUCAACCCUUUUAUCUACGCCUUCUUCAACAGGGACCUGAGGACCACCUACAGCAACCUGCUGCGCUGCCGUUACCGCAAUAUCAACCGCAAGCUGUCUGCCGUCGGGAUGCAACAAGCCCUCAAACGGGUGGAUAAGACCGACUCUGUUAUCUAAAUGGUGUUAUUGUUGUGGUGUUGUGGGAGCUGCCACGCUGAGCACUAGAGCAGACCAUGUUCUCUCAAUGACAAAGUCUUAGGUCAAUGUUAUCUGCCUGCCUGGUCCUCUACUUAACAUCGUGCAUGUCCACACACAGUCUAGACCUUAUUGGUCAGAUCUGAUUUAUCAAAUAACUAAGAAUCUAUCCUUCCAUCUGAAUGUGAGUCCAUGGUCAUUGGCUUUGUGUCCGUGACGUUACGGUGCUUUUACCCUGGGCAUUUCUCAGUUCUGCUGUGGUUGCACAAACACAAUGCCUCAGAACAAGCCAUAAUGGUUAGCUGUUGCUUGAAGGG